AUGAGUAUGAACGCUCGUCGAGAGAGUUGGGCACGCGUGGCUGCAGGAAGCACAGGCAAUAGCACUCAGGCCUUCCAAGCGCCGAGCAGAUCCGGGGCCUUCUCCCACCUCGGCAUGAGCAGAUCCAUCCCCGACAACACCAGUCACCACCGCCACUCUCGCUCCACCGACGCGGAUAGCCACCACCAUAGCACGUCUGCAAGCUGGGGAAGGAGUGGCGCGCUGCCUUCCUAUGCUACACAGCCUGGUCAUUGGCAGUACCCCAGCGGAGGACUCGAUCAGGUCAUGCCGCUCUUCUUUGUGCCCUCGUAUCUGAAAGGGUCCAAGUACGCCGAGAGGCUCGAGGAGGCGCUCAAGGCGAAACUGGCGGAACACCGGGAAUCAAAGUCGACGCAUUCUUCCAACCCCGGUUCCUUGUCGACGAGCUCGAGCAGCAUCAAUCUACACAAAGCGGCUGCGUCGCAUCGCGGCCUAACACACGAGAUCAUUGAGCGCACGCCUGCGCUACCACAGGAUCCGAUAUCGCCAUGGCCGAUGAGAUGGAACGAUGGGGAUAAGUUCCCGCAGUUGGAAAUCGAAGAUGGCGGUAGAUUGGCCAAGUUUGCGGGCACACAGAAGACGCAUGAUGAGGCGGCGGCAGUGCGGACAGACUUUCCCAUGCCGAGGGAGUGUGGAAUAUAUUACUACGAGGUGACGAUAAUAUCAAAGGGCAAAGAUGGGAGGAUGAUCGGACUCGGUUUCUCAGGACCCAAGGUCGCCCUUAGUCGAAUACCGGGAUGGGAGCCAGACUCGUAUGCGUACCACGGCGAUGAUGGGCAGGUCUUUAGCAAUAGCACGACUGGCAAGGCCUAUGGUCCCAAGUUUGGAACUCUGGAUGUUAUCGGCUGUGGAAUCAACUUUCGGACGAAUACCGCCUUCUUCACCAAGAAUGGGCACAUGCUAGGUACCGCAUUCCGAGAUCUCAAGCCAAACAUGCAGUACUUUCCCACUGUCGGCAUGAAGAAGCCCAAUGAGACUGUCCGUGCAAACUUUGGCCAGGAGCCCUUUGCUUUUGAUAUCGACAAGAUGAUGCAAGACGAGAAGAUGGCAAUACAAGCAGAAAUCGCACGCUCGAAAUCGGCGUGGGAUGUUGCCAGAGAUGAAACGCCACUGAUCCAUCAGUUGGUCGCUCAGUACCUGGCACAUGAUGGUUAUGUCGAGACGGCGCGAGCUUUUUCAAACGAGAUUGUCGACGAAGCGAGAGCGUUGGCCAGCGAUGGGGAGGCGGAGAUUCCCUAUCUUGCGGCAGUCGAAGAUGUGGAUGCUAUACAUAGGCAAAAAAUCCGCACUGCCAUCCUGGAAGGAGACAUUGACAAAGCACUCAAACACACAACCGCUUACUAUCCUUCGGUACUCCGCGAAAACGAAAAAAUCUACUUCAAACUCCGGUGUCGAAAGUUCAUCGAGAUGAUCAGGCGCUGUAACGAACUCAACCCGCAGUCACACCAGUCAUCUGCGCAAUCAUCGAAACGUGGCGCAGACCCAGUGCCAAACAAACGAUACUCGACGACGACGGACGAAUACGACUUUGAAAUGGAACUCGACGAGCAACUCGGUGUACACAAUCCGCCGCCUAGCUGGGACCACAAAGACCAGGACCAAGACAACGACGACGACGAUGAUGAUGACGACGAAUUGGAAGACGAAGACGACGUCCAAGACAAGGAAGCACAGUGUCUCCAACUGACAGAGGAGACGAUCAAAUACGGCAUGGAGCUCAAAUCGGAAUUUGCAAACGAUCCCCGCCGGGAAAUUAAACGAGCGCUCGAAGACACAUUUGCACUUAUUGGCUAUGCGAAUCCACGGGAGAGCAGUCUAGCGCCUCUGUUGGAAGUCGCAGGCCGUGUCCCGGUCGCAGAGGAACUCAAUAGCGCUAUUCUUGUCUCCCUAGGUAAAUCCUCCUCCGCCGUCCUCGAACUCCUCCUCCAACAAACCGAGGCUCUGCUCUCCCUACUCGCCGAAGAUGGCGGCCCCGGCGCCUUUGUUAAUCUCCAACGCGACUUUUUGCAAUAG